AUGGUUCUGAAUGCUGCUUGUCAAGACGAAGAAGGUGGAGCAGAGGACAUCGACUUGGGAGAAGAGCAAAUCAUUGCUGUUGCAGCUGCUGCGGCAAAGAGGGCUGCUGUGGCUGCGGCAGAGAGGGCUGCUGUGGCUGCGGCAAAGAGGGCUGCUGCAGCUACUGCGGCAGAGAGGGUUGCUGUGGCUAUUGUGGCAGAGAGAGCUGCUGCGGUUGCUACAGCAAAGAGAGCUACUGCGGCUGCUGCGGCAAAGAGAGCUGUUGCGGCUGCUGCGGCAAAGAGAGUUGUUGUGGCUGCGGUAGAGAGGGCUGCUGCGAUUGCUAUGUCAAAGAUGGCGGCAACGGCUCGCUCGAGCGAGAUGCGGGAACGAGGAUAG